CAGCCCCAGGGGCUCUGUUCUCAGCCCGGCCCCAUGGAGUUCCCCCUGGCCCAGCUAUGCCCCCAAGGGACCAGCAGAGCCCCUCCCCCAACCUUCAGCACCUUCCAGCCCAUGGAAUUGCCCCGCAGGGGUUGCCGGGAAGUGGCUUUGCUCCAGGCCCCAAAGGCUGAGGAGGACCAGCCCAACCCCAGGGUCACGGCUGUCCACGCUGCGGUGAGCGGGACCCCAGCAGGCACAGCGUCCUCCUCGGCUCCCAUCCCCCCACCGGCACCUCCUCAACCCCCGGGGGCUGCCUCCAGCCCAGAGGAUGCUGGGAAGGCCGAGGAGGGGCCGGAGGAAGGAGGCCAGUCCCUGCAGGCCGAGACCCGGGCGUGGUUCCAGAAGACCCAGGCCCACUGGCUUCUGCAGCACGGGGCAGCCCCUGCCUGGUUCCACGGCUUCAUCACCCGGAGGGAGGCAGAGAGGCUGCUGGAGCCCAAGCCUGAGGGAUGCUACUUGGUGCGGUUCAGUGAGAGCGCUGUGACCUUCGUGCUGACCUACAGGAGCCGGACUCGCUGCCGCCACUUCCUGCUGGCCCAGCUCCAGGACGGGCGCCACGUGGUGCUGGGCGAGGACAGCGCCCACGCGCGGCUCCAGGACCUGCUGCGACACUACACGGCAUGCCCGCUCAGCCCCUACGGGGAGACGCUCACCGAGCCCCUCAUCCGCCAGACGCCUGAGCCAGCAGGACUUUCCCUGAGCACGGAAGGGUCAGACCCUGGAAGCAAGGACCCACCCCCUCAGUACAGCCCGAUCGUCAAGAAGUUGCAGAACGUGACCCCCACGCAGAAGGAGGGGACCGGGGAGCAGAAGGAGCCGCCAAGGCCCAAGCCUCCCGUGCCAGCCAAGCCUCAGCUGCCCCCCGAAGUGUACACGACCCCGGCCCCGAGGCCCCGCCCGGCCCCGCCCCCCAAGCCCUCCAACCCCAUCUACCAGGAGCCCGACGAAGCCAUCGCCUUCUACGCCAUGGGGCGCGGCAGCCCCGGCGAAGCCCCAGGCAACGUCUACGCGGAGGUGGAGGCGGAGGCGCCGCCGGGCGCUGGGGGCCCGCCCUGCGUCCUCGGGCACCCGGCCCUGCGCAAGUGCAGGUCCAGGCCCGUCCCCGGAGGCCAGAACCUAGGCUGCCGGCCGCCGUACUCGGAAAAUGCUGUGCCUGGACGAGGCCCUCCUGUGCCCCGGCACACCCUCCCCCACAAGCUUUCUAGACAGAGGGCAGAGGCCGGAGGACAGGCGUGGCUUCCCCUGGGGCCUCCUCAGUAGCCCGGUGAGUCUGAGCUGGGGGAGGAUAAGCCAGGACGCCAGGUCCACAGACCUUUGCACACCAGCCGCCGAACAAACUGUAGGCGAUGGGAGCUAGCAAGGACCUCAGCCGUCAUCUGUUGCGAGGAUGGCACAGAGGUGUCAUCUUGCAUGCCAACUGCCAUCCAUUGGUCAUGGCUGCCUGGAGCACUGCCCUGGGAAGGAUGUUCCGGUCAUCUCUAAACUCAGCAGAAAAGAGCAUCGUGAUUGAUUAGUGAUGUCUGCUGCGGGCAGGGAGGCAGGAGGAGCAGUGUAUCCUUAUGCCCUUACUGAUCCAGGCCAAGUCCUGGUGCCACAGAUAAGGAGACAAAGCCAGAGAGGGACAGUGACUCGGCCAAAGCCAAGGACUAGGGCCCAGGCUUCCUUGUCGCCCUGUCCAGCAUUCUAUCUCUUACCCCACACCCUCCUCUCUGGGAAAUGUCAGAGAUUUCCUCCAAUAGGAAAUCUGGCUACUUUCCGGAGUUCCACUGCACAGAGGCCUGGGUGCCCGUUCCCUCCUCCAGAUCCUAGCUUAGCCCUGCUCCCCGGACAGGUCUGGGCCCCCCCACCCAAAGAAGCCUGGAGUUCAGGGGAGCAGAGGUGGACUCGGCUCCCUUUUAGGGACACACGCACUGGCUCCAUCCCGAGAGUCCCUGAGAAGUUGGUGGCUCGGUGACCCGAGGGCCUCUGAGGAGGUGUGCCAGGACGGCCGUGCUGCCUCCCACUGCCCAGCUUCUCCUCCCAGAGUCUGAUUUCCUUGGCCUUCUGAGCCUUUGGGUCUGGGCCCUGGUCCAAUGCUGCUGUUGUCUGAGGAAUGGUUUGGCGAGAACAGAUGUUAGACCUUGUUUGUUGAUUCUUGUCUGGCUAAUAAAUCAUUGCCAGCCACCUCUCCCCACUGGGAUCCAA